UAGUAAUACCGCGUAGUUUAGUCAUGAUUUCAACGCUUCGACGAUGCUGCGGAUGUGAGCAGUGGGAACCAGCAGACGUUGAAGUUGACUAUCAAGAUCUAAAUCGUAGAGACCGUCAAGGGGAAAGAUAUUUGAUAAAAUAUCAAAUUCUCACGAAGGACACGUGGGUGAUUACAAUCUAUUCAUUGGAAGAUACGACCAAUGCAUGUCUGCGAUUCAUCAAUAGCGGAUACAGAUGCAUCGAGAGUGGUGUUCCAAAUUACAAUGCUCAGUUGCCUCAUGGGUUAACAUGCACUACCAACAUUGUGCCCCAUGUGCCCGAUGAGAACACCAUUACUAUCCGGCCACCAGAUGGAAAAGAACUUCGAUUUGAAGAUUUGCAAAAGCUUCAUUGGAUUGAGCAUAAAGUAGAGAUAUUGGCCUCGCAAAUAGGGAGACAAAAUCUAGAGCUUCGUAUCAAAUGUGGUGACGAAAUCCUUCAAAAAGAACCAUUUAGUAUGAUGGUAGAAGAAGAUCAAGUAUACGGAGCUACAUCGGUACAGCAGCCUCAGACCAGGCAAGUCAAUAGACCAAAAGCUCUGCCUUUGAAGCCCGGCGAGCCUGAACUUCGUUUUCUUCUGGCCAGAUAUGACGUUGAAAACCAUUGGCCCCUACUGGAAAAGGCUGGCAUCACAACGGUGCAACAACUUGAGUCUUUGAAUAAACAAAGGUUGAGAGAUUUGGGCGUAUCGCAUUUGGGCGACAGAAUUAAACUCAUGAAAGCGGUGAAUAACUCCAAAUCUGCUUUUGUCAAUGUCGGUUACAAACCAGAAAGAAAAGCACCAUCUAACAUGGAAGAAUUUUUGAAUAAGAUUGCCCUGAACAAUUUGAUUUACCUAUUCAUAAAGGAAAAAAUAACGUAUGACGUGUUGAUCGACAUGAACGAAGAAGAUCUAAAAGAAAUUGGGGUCAAAGAAAUAGACCGGAAGGUCAUAGUUCAAGCAGCCAAAGAAAUACCUGGCUAUGUUUACACGGAAGAUUUUAGUGAGGGAAUAUAUGAUGAAUUGAUUGAUUAGGGUUAGUAAUGGUUCGAGUUUCCGGGGCAAUCUGCAUGAGCGUUAGCGUUUUUUUUAACACCCAUUAGAUUUAAGUUGUUCUAGUAUUUGGCCAGUGAUUUCAAACUGGAAAGAUGCGAGUGGGAUCCAACGAAAUAACCGUGUGCCGUAAAUCUAUCAAAAAUUUGAAAGCAUUUGUAAAAAUUUGAGAACACACCCCGUCACCCUUUAAAAUGAGAAAAUCAGUAAUUAUGCAGUUAGAGUUGGUAUUGAUUUCAAAAUUUGAAUUUCCAGAGCGAUUUGCAUUUAAAUUUUAAUAACUAGCGGUAGGCAAUGUCGAUAAGGUCCAGUUCUUUUUAAAAAUGGUAGGUCCAUACGUAUUAGUGGUUGUAUGUAUCUUGUUCCGAGUAACAUUGAGAAGCGCUCCUGUAAAAAAUAUAUUUUGUUCAUUGAUUGGAGAAUUGAAUAUAAUUAAUAUUCAGCAUAUUUUCAAAUUCUGCAUAAAUGAUUUUUACAUCAUGA